GGUUUUGAAUAACCAUUGAAACGUUUGACCGUUUCACCCAUGGGCAUGUUAACAUGACUUGCGAUAUAUUUGUGCACCGCAUCUUAGUGGAUGAUUUUGACAUAUUUUGACGCUCUGCCCAGGCGCAGUGCAAAGCUGGUGACCAUGGGCUACACGAUGGUGACGAACCAGGUGCUGCGCCGUUGUAUCGGUAAACAGCGUGACCCAAGGAAAGUUGAAAUCCGUCGGCGCUUAAAUGGCAAGCAAAGUAUUUUGCCAAAGUGGAAGGAUACCAAAGCAGUGACAGGGUCGACUGUGGCGAAACCUGGCGAUGAACGGUCGCUUGCACCCAAUAGAUUGCCAUGUGCAUCGAGUGCUUUGAUGACAUCUUCCUCGACGAUCUCUGACAGCUUUCCAGAGAUGGCAGCCGGCGGCAGUGCCCCAGUCAAGAGAUCGAGGCAAGAAGAAGACGAACUUCAAGAACUUGAGUUGCUUCGAGCUUUGUUGGCAGGCGGGUGCAAAGAUGUGGAGGACAAAGGCGACAAAGGUUUGAGCUCUGCCCUGGACCAACAGUUGGACAGAGUGCAGAUGCCACCGCCGACAAUGCUUCCGCCAAAGCGACGCAAAUUGUGACUUGGAACCGCAGGAUCUGAGUGAAGGGCGUGGCCAUGGGUUUCAAUGAAGUGUCA